GCUGCUCUCUCACGACCGCUUUUCUCGCCCCUUGUCGAAUCGUCACCCGGUGAACCGUCGCUACCCUUUUUAAUUCUCCAGUUUUGUUAAAGAAACACACAACAACCUUAAACAUGGGCAGGAAGUUCUUCGUCGGUGGAAACUGGAAGCUGAACGGCGACAAGAAGAGCCUGGGGGAGCUCAUCGACACCAUGAACGCGGCCAAGGUGGACGCCAAUGUCGAUGUUGUCUGCGGCGCUCCAUCCAUCUACCUGGACUUCGCCAGGACCAAGCUGGAUGCCAAGUUCUUCGUGGCAGCCCAGAACUGCUACAAGGUUGCAAAGGGUGCCUUCACUGGGGAGAUCAGCCCUGCGAUGAUCAAGGACUGUGGCGUGAACUGGGUGAUCCUGGGACACUCCGAGAGGCGCCACGUGUUCGGAGAGAGUGACGAGCUCAUUGGUCAGAAGACGGCCCACGCUCUGGAGAGUGGACUCUGUGUGAUCGCCUGCAUUGGAGAGAAGCUCGACGAACGCGAGGCCGGCAUCACCGAGAAGGUCGUCUUUGCUCAGACCAAGGUCAUCGCAGACAAUGUAAAGGACUGGAGCAAGGUCGUGCUUGCUUAUGAGCCUGUGUGGGCCAUCGGCACCGGCAAGACAGCCUCCCCACAGCAGGCUCAGGAGGUUCAUGAAAAACUGAGGGGGUGGCUGAAGACCAAUGUUUCUGAGGAUGUAGCCAACUCUGUGAGGAUCAUCUAUGGAGGUUCUGUGACCGGUGCUACCUGCAAAGAGCUCGCCUCCCAAAAGGACGUGGACGGUUUCCUCGUCGGCGGAGCCUCCCUCAAGCCCGAGUUCAUCGAAAUCAUCAACGCCAAGGCAUAAGAAACCUGGAAACUGCAGUGUGACCAUGUCCAGAUCAGAGGCCAGCUCCAUUCAGAUGAUCCAGUUCCAUCAUCCCUCACGCUCAGCACUUAGUCAUGUUCCCCUCUUUAUUCAAAGUAUUCUGUGUAACAGUGUCAUUCCCCCC